UCCAAGAUGGCGGCGCGUCCGUCGCGAGCAACCGGGCCGGGGGGAAGCCUGCGAAGCCGAGUAAAGCCUCCGCCCGGGAAAGGAUUGAAGGAGCAGUUGCCGCCUUUGGCGGCGUCCCGGGCAGUUUUCGCUGCUGCUACGGCUGUUGCCAUGCGGCGAGGCUAGGGAGGAACCUUACUUCCCCGGGGUGUAAUAAUGUUAACGGAGGUACAAUAGAACUGAUUAAGUUAAAAUUGACCAGUGGACCAUGGACUCAUUGUUCCUCCUAAUACCCACAUAACCUGUUGAGGAAAUGAAGGCAUGCCACGAUUGCACAGCGAAGCAAUAGUAAAGAUGAAGCUGAACUUAGGCCAGUCUGUCCAUAUGGGGAUGGGGAAGCCUUGGCAUUGUCCUUUUUCUAGUAACCUUUGGACCAUUUGUCAUAUUUUGUUUGGCAUUUUAUAUCCUCUGCUUUGUGGGUGGGGGUUUAGUUGUUACUCUCCUGUUUGGGAAAACAAACUCAGAAAAGUACCUAGAACAGUGUGAACACUCGUUUCUUCCUCCAACAUCAACUGGGGUUCCUAAGUGCUUAGAAGAAAUGAAACGUGAAGCCAGGACUAUUAAGAUCGAUAGAAGAUUGACGGGUGCCAAUAUAAUUGAUGAGCCUCUCCAGCAAGUCAUCCAGUUUUCCUUGCGGGAUUAUGUCCAGUAUUGGUAUUACACACUCAGUGAUGAUGAGUCUUUCUUGCUUGAAAUCAGACAGACACUCCAAAACGCUCUCAUUCAGUUUGCUACCAGGUCAAAAGAAAUAGAUUGGCAACCUUAUUUUACUACACGCAUUGUAGAUGAUUUUGGCACUCACCUACGAGUAUUCAGAAAGGCUCAACAGAAAAUAACAGAAAAAGAUGAUCAAGUAAAAGGUACAGCAGAAGAUCUUGUAGACACCUUCUUUGAAGUCGAAGUUGAAAUGGAGAAGGACGUUUGCCGUGACCUAGUGUGUACUUCUCCCAGAGAUGAAGAAGGAUUCCUAAGGGAUUUGUGUGAGGUUUUAUUAUAUUUAUUGCUACCUCCUGGAGACUUCCAGAACAAGAUCAUGCGAUACUUUGUCAGGGAAAUCCUUGCACGAGGAAUUCUUCUUCCAUUAAUAAAUCAACUCAGUGAUCCUGAUUACAUUAAUCAAUAUGUCAUAUGGAUGAUCCGUGAUUCAAAUUGCAACUAUGAGGCCUUUAUGAACAUUAUUAAAUUAAGUGACAAUAUUGGAGAGCUAGAAGCCGUCAGAGAUAAGGCAGCAGAAGAAUUACAGUAUCUUAGAUCCUUAGAUACAGCUGGUGAUGAUAUCAACACUAUCAAAAAUCAAAUAAAUAGUUUAUUAUUUGUAAAGAAAGUAUGUGACUCAAGAAUACAGCGUUUGCAGUCAGGCAAAGAAAUAAAUACUGUGAAACUGGCAGCAAACUUUGGAAAGCUUUGCACAGUCCCCCUGGACAGCAUUCUGGUAGACAAUGUUGCACUACAAUUUUUUAUGGAUUACAUGCAGCAAACUGGAGGUCAAGCACAUCUUUUUUUCUGGAUGACAGUGGAAGGAUACCGGGUUACAGCCCAGCAGCAGCUAGAGGUUUUAGCAAGUCGUCAGAGAGAUGGAAAACAGCAGACUAACCAGACCAAAGGUCUUUUAAGAGCAGCUGCUGUUGGAAUCUAUGAGCAGUAUUUAUCAGAAAAGGCAUCUCCAAGAGUCACUGUUGAUGACUAUCUAGUAGCAAAACUAGCAGAUACUUUGAAUCAUGAAGAUCCAACUCCUGAAAUCUUUGAUGACAUUCAAAGAAAGGUAUAUGAACUGAUGCUACGAGAUGAAAGGUUUUAUCCUUCCUUCAGGCAGAACGCCCUCUAUGUGCGCAUGUUAGCUGAGCUUGACAUGUUAAAAGAUCCUAGUUUCAGAGGAUCAGAUGAUGGGGAUGGAGAAUCUUUUAAUGGCUCUCCUACAGGAAGCAUAAAUUUGUCUUUAGAUGACCUUUCAAAUGUACCUUCUGAUGAUUCUUUACAGCUUCAUGCCUACAUUUCAGACACUGUAUAUGCUGACUGUGACCCAUAUGCUGUGGCAGGCGUUUGUAAUGAUCAUGGCAAGACAUACGCACUGUAUGCCAUCACUGUACACCGGCGCAACCUAACCACAGAGGAGAUGUGGAAAACCUACCGUCGUUACAGUGACUUCCAUGACUUCCACAUGAGAAUCACUGAACAGUUUGAAAACCUAUCAAGCAUAUUGAAGCUUCCUGGUAAAAAGACUUUUAAUAAUAUGGAUAGAGAUUUUUUAGAAAAGAGGAAAAAGGAUCUAAAUGCCUAUUUGCAGUUAUUAUUAGCUCCUGAAAUGCUGAAAGCAUCUCCAGCACUGGCUCACUGUGUGUAUGAUUUCCUUGAGAACAAAGCCUACAGCAAAGGGAAGGGGGAUUUUGCUCGCAAGAUGGACACUUUUGUAAAUCCACUUCGCAAUUCUAUGAGGAAUGUUUCCAAUGCAGUUAAAUCCCUUCCUGACAGCUUGGCAGAAGGAAUGACUAAAAUGUCAGACAACAUGGGCAAAAUGUCAGAAAGAUUAGGUCAAGAUAUAAAGCAAUCAUUUUUUAAGGUGCCUCCUUUAAUUACUAAGACUGACUCAGAUCCUGAGCACUGCCGGGUCUCGGCUCAACUUGAUGAUAAUGUGGAUGACAACAUUCCACUCAGGGUAAUGCUACUUCUAAUGGAUGAAGUAUUCGACUUGAAAGAGAGAAAUCAGUGGUUGCGAAGGAAUAUAAAAAACUUGCUUCAACAGCUUAUUAGAGCUACAUAUGGUGACACUAUUAAUAGAAAAAUAGUUGAUCAUGUUGACUGGAUGACCUCACCGGAGCAAGUUGCCGACUCAGUGAAACGUUUCAGAGAUGCAUUUUGGCCAAAUGGCAUUUUAGCAGAGACUAUUCCAUGCAGAGAUAAAGCUAUUCGAAUGAGAACAAGAAUAGCAGGAAAAACGAAAUUACUUGCAAUCAUGCCAGAUGAAUUGAAGCACAUUAUCGGAGCUGAGACAACACGGAAAGGUAUUCUUCGUGUUUUUGAAAUGUUUCAACACAACCAGCUAAAUAGGAGAAUGGUUUAUGUUUUCUUGGAAGGCUUUUUAGAAACCUUAUUUCCACAGUAUAAAUUCCGUGAACUAUUCAACAAACUGCAUUCACGGUCAAAGCAGAUGCAGAAAUAUAAACAGAAACUUCAAACUACUCAAGCGCCUUCUUUACAGAAAAGGUGACACUCCAGUCUAUGAAGCUGGUAUUCAUUUUGUCCAAGGCUAAUGGUAUGGACAGAUCUUCUGGGGCUUAACUCAUAUACCGUUGUGUCUGCACCAGUCUUUUAGUGUCUCCAAAUAGAUUAUUAGUACAUCCAUAAGACUGGUUCUUUUCAUCCUUGUCUAUAAUCCAGCCACUACCAAGAGAGAUUCCUGUGUCUUAAAUGAUGUGGUGCAUACUCUGCAACCUUGAGAGAAUACUGCCCCCACCUCAUGCACGAAUGGAUCUCUUCCGUUUCAAAGUAAUCAGCAGCAUUUUCCAGCAACGACAAAGUGCCAGAGUACAUGAGAGCCGAGGAAAGCACAAAGCAGUGGUUCACAGACAAAUUGACUCAUCUGCUAAUAGUUGGGAACUAUACGGUAUAUGGUUUGGAGAGAUUUGUUUUCCAGAAAGAUCUUGUAGGUCUGUGUCAGCAUUUUGUAUCAUGUGAAUUCGCCAGGUGAAUGAUCUUUGAAACAGCUGUUUCAGGUCUGGGACAAGUGACAGAAUGCCCUGAAAGUAUGAAAUAACCCUGUCCCUGAAUUACAGUUUUGUGGCAUAAAGUAAAAGUAUAAAAUAAAACCAAUCAAAACCAGAAUUUGAUUGGAUUUCUUGUUCAUUGGCAUAAACUUUAAUUGAUUUAUGUGCUGCAAGGGCUCUUCUCUGCCCGUAUGGGACUCAUCUGUUACUUUUCUUUUGGCAUUCUGUGCAAAAGGAAGCAUGUGGUAGCUCCCAUUUAAGUUUCAGAAUUAUUAGUUUUGUCUUUUAACAUAUUACUGAUUAUACAGAAGGGAAAUAAUUUGUUGGAAGAACUGCCAAACACAUUCUGUCCUUCUAAACAUUGGAAAUUAAAAGAAAAGAAUACUCUAGUGAAAGUUACCAUGUGAUAAUUUUAAAUCGUAUGAUUUAGAUUUGCCUUAGGUAACUGUAAAAAUAGCAAAUCAAAGGAUUAAUAAGCUUAUUAGUCAUAUGUAAACAUACAAAUGCCUAAUUCUAUUGUGUAUAUAUAUGAAAAUAAAUAAUAAAAACAGAACUGUACUAUUUUUAAAUAUGCUUUUAUUUAUAUUCUGCAUAAUGUAAAAUUCUAAAUAAAGCUAGUACAUUAAACCCUUUGGAGUAUACAUGUAAGUCCCUAAUCAAAUUUUAUACCAACAAGAAAAAAAUGACUUUUCCAGUUUGGAAACCUCUGCAUUUCCUAGUUUUCUCUCCAUUUUAUCGAUCUGGGAAGUCCUUAUAUCCCAUGUGUGCAGGAUUCUGCAUAGUUUUAAAUACUUCCACUGAUUAAGGGUUUGGAUGUAUUCACUUUUUGUUUUAAAAUAUUUAACACUAAAUCCUUAAAAUAGUGAAGCUACUUAAUCAGACCACUGAGCCAAUAUGUAUUAAAAGAAUGUUUGGGUGCUUAAGAUAAAGGGACAGAGUAUUUGUAUCCCAGUUAUUUUGGGAGUUUUAAGACUGGAACAAGAUAUUAGUAUCUUGUUUUCACUUAGGUCCUACUUACAAAGUAAAACCUGUUGACAGAAUGAAGCCUUCCUUGAAAGUGUACACUCAUAUUUAUUCAUAACGCUGCUGUGCAGACAUGUAUUGUGCAUAUUCAGCAUAUAUUGCAUGUCUUCAGAACUUCACAAGUGAACUCCCUCCCAUUGCAGCUUGCAAGUGAGAAAACAUUCUGUUUCUCUGUUAAAAGAAAUAUUUCUUGGACUCAGUGUAUCUCCUCCUGGCCAUUGCUGUGCCCUGGCGCUGAAAUGGGAAGUGUAGACUAGUGUGUAGGGAGCAUCAGCAUGGCCGUAAGUGCAAUGAUUUUCAUGAAUACCCUUGUCCAUUUUGAGUGUUUUUUGACAUGAAUAAGGAUAUGCACAGAAGAAUUAAUGUAAGAGCCUAGUGUAUACAUGUGAAAAUGCAUUUCUGUGUAAAGUAAGAAAACUGGCUGUCAACCUGAGAAAAAAGGACAUGUAAAAUAGAAAUUUUCCUACCAGCCCUGCAAGACAACUGCAAGCAUACCAAAAAUCUAUUUGAGUAAAUGGGUUUGUAAAGUAAUUUUUGUUUAAAAGAGUUUAUAUUUCAAAAGCUGAGAUGUCAGAUGCUAAUCUGUAUGAACAGUGGUGCACACCUGUGCACAUCCAGUGUUUUGCAUCAGAGAGAGCCGUGGUCAUGCUGAGCCUAGAGAUGACUUUCUGAAUGACUUGGUCAAACUGUGUAAAAUAUUUAACCUAUAAGUCAAGUACAGUGUACUACGUUGAAUAAAGUUACGGCAUUCAAUGCAUUCUUGCAUACAUGAGUAUGUAUAUGAAGAGGCUUUAUGUCUUCUGAUGUUCUGUUUCUGAAUGUUUUUAAGUCAGUGGUGCCUUUAGGCAAGAAUCUUCAAAAUUAAUCAUUCUUUGGGUUUUUUUUUUUUUUGAUUUUUCAGAUAACAUGUAAACUUCUUAGAAACCAUCAUAGUUUAUUCACCUAAAAUUGAUUGUAUGAUUUAAGGAUAGCACUUAGAUGAGCAUUUCCUAUAAUUAGGAUGUUCCAAAUAGUUGCUGAAAACAAUUGUGCCAUUGACCAAUGGAUGCACUUGGUUAGCCUUAAUUUAAAACAAAAAGUUUCUGGAAUAAAUAUUUCACUUUGCUCAUUUUAAGUUUGUGCUGCUGGUGUUUUGAAAAAAAAAGUCAAACAGUUAAGUACUACCAGAAAUUGUACAUUUUUUUAAAAUGAAGAAUAAUAUAAAUUUCACAAUCUAAAAUUUUAAUUUUGUGCAAUAUUUUCAUUUAAUGCAUGUGUAUUUGAGUAAUUGUAAAAUAAAUGAAUUUUUAAUGUUUUAAGAUGUAGUUCAACUGUCUUCUUAACCCAACAACUUACAUUCCGUUGUUGCUGCAUCCUCUUAUUUAAGGACUUGUUUUAAAAGUCUUUCUGUCACUCCUUAUUAAAAAAAAACUUUUUAGUAGCAUAAUUUUCUUAUAGGAGCAUGGCUCCUGUAUUACAAGGGAAAACUAUAAAGAGCACAUUUGAGGAUUAUAAUUGUUAAAAGGAUACCUUGUGCAUAUCAUUGUACAGUAAGUGUCAAUUGUGUGCCUGUCUAUCAAUACUUUCCUUCUUUAACAAAGGAAAAACAAUCAGAA